CACCCCCACUUUGGUGGGUACCAUCACUUUCUUUGCAUAUUAAUCUUGUUGCUCUCAUUCAUUUCCCCAUUCUCUUUUCUUCGUGUUAGUAGAAGAUGGAAAGUGGAUUACCUUUGCUUAAUUGUCUCUUGCAGCAGACUCUCAGAACCAUUUGCAUUUCUCCCAAUUCUUCCACUUCUUCCAAGUGGGUAUAUACUGUCUUCUGGAGGAUAUUACCUCGAAAUUUUCCUCCACCAAGGUGGGAGUUUGGUGGAACAGCUUUUGAUCUCUCCAAAGGAUAUAAAAGGAACUGGAUCCUUGUCUGGGAAGAUGGGUUCUGCGAUUUUAACGAAUGCGAGCAAAGGAAAAGUGAUGGUGGUUACUUGAACAAUAGAUUUGGAGCUGAUAUAUUCUUCAAAAUGUCACACGAGGUUUACAAUUAUGGAGAGGGACUACUGGGAAAAGUUGCUGCAGAUAACAAUCACAAAUGGGUUUACAAUGAGAAUCACAAUGAGUGUGAACCUAGCCAGAUUGCUUCAUGGAAUGCUUCAGUCGAGCCUCAACCAAAGGCGUGGAAGUUUCAAUUCAAUUCCGGCAUUCAGAGUAUUGUCAUAAUCGCCGUUAGAGAAGGCGUAGUGCAAUUGGGUUCUUUUGACAAGAUUGCAGAGGACCUAAAUCUGGUGAUCAACAUACAAAGGCAAUUUAGCUACCUUCAAAGCAUACCAGGAGUAUUUGGUAUUCAAAGACCAUACCUACCCAUCCAACAUCCAUACAUUGUGAAGCCUAGUUUCAUAGAAAGCAAUGGAAUGCCUCUCUCUACCUAUGAUAUAGGCUGGAACCCCCCUCAGAAUGGGGCACUAUGCCCAUCUCUUUGUUCAGGUCCUCCUACUUUAUCAUUACCAACCAUGCCUUGCAGUUUUGGAGCUUUUCUAUCAAAGCUACCAUCUAGAAUCCCACUCCAUAAUGCAGGGACACAAAGCACCAUUCAGAGAGUGAAGAUUGAGGACUACGAAUUUCAUCCUACUACCCAUGAUGGUGAUCAGAAAGGAAAGGUUGGUUCCUUGAACAAGCAGCAUAAAGGACAUGAACUUUGACCAUAAUGACUCUUAAUCAGAGUAGUCAUUAGUAUGUUAAGAAGUGGUUAGUUUAGUUACUUAUUUUAUUCCACUUUUCCGCAACUUAGCAUUAUGUAUUGUGGCAUGUUUAUGGGUGGCCGACAAUGUAUCAAUCAUAGCGACCACUCUUACUGUUUCUUUCUGCACAUUUAUGUAAUUAUCAAUGAAAUGCAGACAUUAUUUAGAGCAAAACUUUGUUUGUGUACAAGCUUUGCGUCUUUUUUCCAUGGUGUGAAAAAAAUAUUGGUGCCGCCUAAUAAUUGAAAAUAAUGUGAAACCAAGUUUUGUAGUGAUGAUUGAUGGAUGAUGAUGAUCCUAUGAUGGGGUUAGAGAUUAGAGUAGCGUGUUGGGGAUGGAUGGAUGGACAGCGUGGCCUAUCCUGGGAAGUGUGGUGUUCCAUCCAUCUUGUGGGGGCGGUGUUGAAAACGAAAUGAAGUGAUAGUUGAAAUCAGGGACAUAGCAUCAAGCUGCUCUGUGUGACAAUUAGUAUUUGAGCCCUGGUCCCCCUACAAUGUACUGUUUCUUGGAUAUCAAUUUAUGUGUACACAAACUGUCACACGCCUUAUUAGA